AUAUCUCAAACAAAGAAGUUGGGAGCAGUUGGCCUGCCAAGUUAUCGAAGUUUCUCAUUGGAAGAGAUUGAGGCAGCUACAAACUACUUUGACACAGCUUCUUUAAUGGGUGAAGAUUCUUAUGGGAAGAUGUACAGAGGUCAGCUGAAGAAUGGUUCGGUUGUUGCUAUUCGAUGUGUAGAAAUGACAAAGAAAUACAGCACUCAAAACUUUGUGAACCACAUAGAGCUGAUAUCAAAACUCAGGCAUCGUCAUUUAGUCAGCGCUAUUGGACACUGCUUUGAAUGUUCUCUGGAUGAUUCGAGUGUCAACAAAGUUUUUCUUGUCUUUGAAUAUGUACCAAAUGGCACGCUCAGGGAUUGGAUCUGUGAUGAAAAUGUUAGAAAAUGCUUGAGUUGGACCCAACGCAUUGGAGCUGCAAUUGGAGUGGCAAAGGGAAUCCAGUUUUUGCAUACAGGGAUAGUCCCUGGUGUAUAUUCCAACGAUCUCAAGAUAGAAGAUGUUUUGAUGGAUCAGAAUCUUGUUGCGAAAAUCAGCAGUUAUCAUCUGCCUUUGUUAUCUAACAUGGGGAAGUGUAGUGUAAAGCAUGAAGAUAAGUCUGAUAUAUACGACCUUGGAGUGAUACUACUCGAACUCAUUCUAGGAAGGCAAAUAAAGACAGCAAAUGAUGCAGACGCUUUUAGAGAUCUGUUGCAAGCAAGCUUAGGAGCAGACGAAGAGGGUAGGAGGAGUGUGGUUGAUACAGCAAUUCGCAAGGCAUGCUUGGAUCAAUCAUUGAAGACAAUGAUGGAGAUAUGUGUGAGGUGUAUGGUUAAAGAGCCAGAAGAUAGGCCCUCUAUAGAGGAUGUUCUGUGGAACUUGCAGUUUGCAUCUCAAGUGCAGGAUGCAUGGAGAGGGGAUUCACAAAGUAGUGAAGGGUCACCAGGCUCAGAAUCUCGAGGACUUUCCUUUCAGUAGAUUCAAUCCACAGGUUUUUCACUUUUUACUGUUUUGUAUAUUUCACUAUAAGCCUAAAAGGUUCAUGGUUGCAGAUACUGCAACAUCAGAAUAGUAUUAUAAGGUCUUAUGUUCUAACUCCUUUGCCCCAAAAUCUGAGUAUAGCUUCUAAUGAAAAACUAUGGUAUAUCAAAGCUUGCACUAUUGUAAUUUUUAAGGUUUUUUUUAUUUU